AUGCCACCGGCAGCGGCCUGCCCCGCCGAGGAGCCGGCCCGGUGGAGCUCCCUGGAGGAAGAGGUAGAGAGGCCUCCCUCUCCCAGCGUGGCCUCGGCUCCGUUCGCCUUGCUGGGCCUGGCUUCUCCUCGGUUUACCUGGAAGUCCUUGGAUAACAGCCUUUGUGCAGGGAGCAAGCCUGUGAAACGCAAGACCAACAACAAAAUCCUGGCAACAUCUGGUGGAACUGGCCGCUCUCCCCUCAGCAUCCUACAAGAUGAUAAUUCCCCCAGUGCUCCUGCCCCUCGCCAGGGUAAGAGGCAUGUGUUGGGAGAGAACCUUGGGGAGAAGAAGGAAGUGACAGCGGAUCUGAGCUGGAGCCUCAAAUCUGGGAACUAUGCUUGGAGUGACUUGAAUAAAGAGAACCAACAGUGUCCUUUUGUGGAGAACUAG